AUCCCUUUCAACUAUUGUCUUCUUCAUCAGCCUAAUACUCCAUAUGUCCCAAAAUGAUGUUUAUACUUUCCUUUUUUGGAUGUCUCAAAAUGAAGUUCACACUUUUCACUUUCCCUUUUAGGAAACAAAUGUGUCUCUUAUAAUUCCUCUUUCUUUUGAAUAAGUUUCAACCACAUACCUUUCACCUUACACUUUUCUUGAACUCUGCAAAGACAAACUAAGUGUGAAUUACCCAAGUGUGAAGUUACAUUUUGUGAGGGAGCCAUUUUUUGUUCUUACAUGCCACAUGGUUAUGGUGCACAGUUGGAGAGGGUGCUCUGGAAGGAAAGCUCUCCUGCAUCCAUUGCGAGGCUCGGCUUGGCUACUUCAAUUGGUCAGGCAUUCAGUGCAAUUGCGGAAGUUGGAUCACCCCUGCCUUUCAGCUCCACAAAAGCCGGGUGGACCUCAGCACUUUGUGAAAUUUCAUCACAUGUGAGAUCAGGCAUCGCCCCGCUACAGAGAUCUAAUUGGGCUACCAAGACAGUCAAAAGGACAUAUUGGUCAUCCCCAAAACCUUGUGUUCCUUUUCAGAAUUCACUCCUCCAAUAAUAAUCUGAGACUUUGCUUGGUUGAUAUAUAAUCUUGUUGUUUGAUAGAAUUAACAGGAUCCUGCCUUUAGAGUUCUCAUCACUCAUCAGACUACAAUCAAUUCAUCAGCAAAACAAAAGUUAAUAACUUUUAACUCUUUGCACAUGAGAUGUUGUUCUGAAUCUACCAUCUUGUGCAUGAAGCUUGUACAUCUGAUCCCCCCCCUUUAAAGAACCUUUGGCUCUCUCCAACCAAUGAAUUUUGAAAUGAAAAUUUAGAGUACUG